AAGUCGUGAACAACCCGAAUUUGGGGUAAAAUUUGAAUUCGAUUCUCUUGAAACGUGAAAUCUCCCAACAAUUUGAAACCUCAUUUUCAAAAUCCAUUCCCUCUCUCUUUCUACAACCCCACUCUAUCACUCUCUGAACCCUAGCUACGAUCAACUUCAAUUUCAAAUGGCGGCGGUGCCACCAGUCACCGGCAUGGAGCUAAACACUCCUCCCUCCGACGGCAUAUCCAACCUCCGCUUCUCUCACCACUCUGAUCAUCUCCUCGUGUCUUCUUGGGACAAACGUGUUCGUUUAUAUGAUGCAAGUGCCAAUGUGUUAAGAGGAGAGUUCCUUCAUGGAGGUGCAGUUCUUGAUUGCUGCUUUCAUGAUGACACCUCUGGUUUUAGUGCUAGUGCAGAUAACACUGUCACAAGGCUUGUUUUUGACCAUGAAAGAGAGGAUCUUUUGGGACGCCAUGAUGCCCCUGUUCGCUGUAUUGAGUACUCUUAUGCAACAGGGCAAGUGAUUACAGGGAGUUGGGACAAAACAUUGAAGUGUUGGGACCCACGUGGUGGAGGUGCACAGGAGCGUGCUCUUGUGGGGACAUAUGGUCAACCGGAGAGAGUUUAUUCUAUAUCACUUGUUGGAAACCGUGUAGUGGUGGCAACUGCUGGAAGACAUGUUAAUGUGUAUGAUUUGAGGAAUAUGUCUCAACCUGAACAAAGAAGAGAGUCUUCAUUGAAGUAUCAAACUAGAUGUGUACAAUGUUAUCCUAAUGGCACAGGGUAUGCACUUAGCUCUGUGGAAGGUCGUGUUGCAAUGGAGUUUUUUGAGCUUACUGAGGCUGGUCAAGCCAAAAAAUAUGCAUUCAAGUGUCAUAGGAAAUCAGAAGCUGGAAGAGACAUUGUCUACCCUGUAAACGCCAUUGCAUUUCACCCUGUGUAUGGGACAUUUGCGACAGGUGGGUGUGAUGGUUUUGUAAAUGUAUGGGAUGGAAACAACAAGAAGAGACUGUAUCAGUACUCAAAGUACCCCACAAGUGUUGCUGCCUUGUCAUUCAACAGAGAUGGCCGCUUACUCGCUGUUGCUUCCAGUUACACAUAUGAAGAGGGGGACAAACCACAUGAACCGGAUGCUAUAUUUGUGAGGAAUGUGAAUGAGGUGGAAGUGAAACCAAAGCCUAAAGUUUACCCAAAUCCUCCUGCUUCAUGACGAAGACUGUAACUGUAACUCUAAACUGGACUGUGAAUUGAGAUUUAGCUUUGCUUUAUAUAUUCAAUUCUAUUCUAGUAAAACACCAUUGUCAACAAGUUAAUUCCAGUCUGUUGUAUUUGUAUACGAUCAUGCAAGAGGUUUAUAAUGCUUUUUCUUUUUCGGUUUUUUA